GCAUCCCCAGUGUGGAAUGAAACAUGGCGGGAGAGGCGAACAUGGAGGAGCAAACUUUUCGGAAAGUGGAUGCGGGAGUUUAACGCCGUUCGGUCACCGAGUUGUGUCGGCUCACUUGUUUUUCUUACUGCGUUUCCGAGAGCUGAUGGGAGUUAGGCGUUUGGUAAUGCAGUAAAGGGAAAAGUUGACGUUUUUCGCGUGGAGAAAAGGCCGGGGAGGGUGGGGAGAGGGCGCAGGCGAGCCGUGCGCUAUGCCGUGGGAGAGCGGCGCUAAGCGGAGAGAAAGCUCGGAGCUACCGCUGCCCGCGGGCUGGGAGGAGGCGAGGGACUACGACGGCAGGGUGUUUUACAUCGACCACAACACUCGGCAGACCUCGUGGAUCGACCCGAGAGACAGGAUAACUAAGCCCCUGACCUUUGCGGACUGUGUGGGUGACGAGCUUCCUCUGGGAUGGGAAGUUGUGUAUGACCAGCAGGUGGGGGUCUACUACAUCGACCACAUCAACAAAACUACCCAGAUAGAGAACCCACGGACACAAUGGCGGCAGGAGCAGGAGCGUAUGCUGAAGGAGUAUCUGGUGGUGGCGCAGGAGGCUCUCAAUGCCAAGAAGGAGAUGUACCUGAUCAAGCAGCAGAGGCUGGAGCUUGCCCAGCAGGAGAUGCAGCUUUUCAACCAGCUCAACCAAGACGAUAACCGCUCCAUCACCAGCUCUCACUCUGGCUCUUCUUCAAAUGCAAAAUAUGACCCUGACCAAAUCAAAGCGGAAAUCGCCUGUAGGCGUGAGCGGCUCUGUAGACUCAAACAGGAGCUGGCCCAGAUGAGGCAGGAGCUGCAGUACAAGGAAAUGGGAGUAGAGACCCUACAAGAAAUUGACCGGAAGAUGUCCAGCAGUCAGACCAACUACAAGCUGGACGAGGCACAGGCUAUCUUCAAUGAACUGCGCAGCAUUAAGAAGGCUAUCAGCUCAGGCGAGAAGGAGAGGCAGGACCUCAUCCAGAGCCUGGCAAAGUUGACCGUGAAUUUCCACAGCCUUUCCAUUGGUGACUCCAUAAAUGAGGUGGCCAACAGUGCAGGAGCUCUGAGCGACUCCUGCAGCAUGCAGCAGUACACAGACGCUGGCUGCCAGACGGACCUGAUUGGGGAGUUUGGUUCCCAGGAAUCAUCACCGUUAGUUGACAAAAUCAGGCUCAACUGGCAGUAUGAGGAGGCCAAGAAAAAAGUGUCCAGUAUUCAGCACCAGCUGGCCCAGUUGGACAGUGAGAGCUGGUCGGGGCGUGCUGAGGCUGACCGAGACCGAGACUGUCUGCAGCUGCUGAGGGAGAAGGAGGCACUCCUGCAGGAGCUCACGUUGCUCUGCCAGCAGCAGCACCCCCCAGAGCUCUUCCUCCAGUUAGACGAGGAGAGGCGCAAGCUGGAGGAGGAGGUGCAGAAAGCCCAGAGCACACAGAGUCAGGGGGCCAACCAAAGGAUACUGCAGCAGGAGAAGAGGAAUGUGUUGCUGCGACAGCUGGAGGAGGCCACCCGCAUCACCACCUAUCUACACUCUCAGCUCAAGAGUCUCUCAGCCAGUUCGCUGACCGUGUCGUCCAGCAGCAGCCGAGGCUCUCUAGCCUCUAGCCGAGGCUCUUUAGCGUCUAGCCGCGGUUCUCUGAGCUCCGUCAGCUUUACAGACAUCUAUGGUCUGCCCCAGUAUGAGCGGCAAGAAGGCUGUGUGGAUGUCCCGGACCCCUCCUUCCGCUACCUGCUGCCUGUGGAGGCCCCAAGCAGAGACACUUCUGCGUUCGUCCCCAAACGUGCCCACGACGCUCCGCAGUCGCUCACCUCUCUCUCCUCCCGCUCUUCGCUCUCCUCGCUCUCCCCUCCCAGCUCCCCCAUGGACACCCCCUACCACUCAGGCCCACAGGACUGCCCCCUCACCCAGAUGACCGAGGAGUACAUGGAAUUGGCUGGCCGGGGGAUGGUGCUGGAGGGGCUCCGAGGCCAGACUCAAGCCCAGCAGCAAGCUCCCCUUUCUGUGGAAGGUGAAACAGGAGGCUCCUCUACAGCUCACCUUCUGGAGGGCAAGGGCCAUAGAGACGGUGGAGUCCAAACACCAUACAGUUCUACAGGAGUGACCCUGCGCUCUAAUGGUGUUAAUCGAAGUGGUCGGAGAGCUCGCCGCGUGUCUGCUGGUGUGAGUGAGGAUGUGUUGGCCACAGACAGCGGCGUGUUUGAGGCCUGGAGCAGGAGCAGGACAGAGGAGGUGGAAGAGGUGAUGUUUACCCGAGACGCCAUCAGCGCUCCCGAACCCCCUCAGGUCCAGCUCGGACUCCUGUAUGAUUCAACCUCCAUGUCUCUACUGCUGCAUGUGCUUCAGAUGAGAAAUCUGAGCAAGGCCACUGUGAGAGACGGCUACAAAGUCUUUGUGAAGGUAAACGUGCUGCCCAUGGACUCCAGCCGGCCGUGCACAUACUACUGUUGUAAGGCCCAGGAGCCGCGUUCAGCGCUCAGCUUUAAUGAGGGCUUCCAGAUCCCACUGCCUACAGGGGGCGCCAGUUCCCAUGCCCUGCACCUGCAGCUCUGCACCCUGGGACCCCUUGGCCAUGAAGAGCUGCUGGGCUCAGUUCAGGUGUCACUGGUGGACUGUGCGGGCAGCACAGAGAUGCUGUUCCAGUGGCACCGUGUACAGCUGCUGCAACAGACCCCCAGCAGUGCGGAGAACCACCGGGCUGAACCCAGCAGCCUCUGCCAGCCCAGCCACAGUGUGGACGAGGAAGAGGAGGAAGACGAAGAGCAUGGCACAACCCAGGUGUCUGUUGGGGCUCAACUGGAGGAGGUAAAGAGAGGGCUGGAUCUGAGUGAGGAGGAGCUGGAGAGGAAAGAGGAGCAGGGAGAGGCAGUGUCUGAGAGGAGCUGGCAGGCGGAGUCUGUGGACAGCGGCUGCAGUAACAGCACAGCGUUCGUCACUCCUUGUCCCGAAGGCUUGUGUGCUGAGGGAAUCUGUAUAGCCACCGGGGGGCACUGUGUCCCCCAUUCUGACAGGUCCCUUGUUAAAAAGGUUGACAAGGCAACCAACACAGAGCUGAUACGGAUGCAGCCUAAGGAGCGGCCGGGGCGCUGGGGCCACGCCCCUCCAUUCCUGCGCAGCAGCACGCUAGCCCGCUCGCACACGUUCUCACCAGGAGCCCGCAGCCAGUACGUCUGCAGACUGUACCGCAGUGACAGUGACAGCUCCACUCUGCCAAAGAAGUCGCCAUUCAUUAGAAACACUCUGGAAAGAAGAACCCUGAGAUACAAACAGCAGCCUCACCGUUCCUCCCUGGCCGAGCAGCCCACACGUACCUCUCUAGAUCUGGAGCUGGACCUCCAGGCGUGCCGGACACGGCAGAGGCAGCUGAGUGAGGAGCUGACGGCGCUGCGGGAAUUGAAGCUGCGGCUGGAGGAGCCGACCCCCCGUGGCCCCACAGAGCUGCCCCACUGGGUCCUGCGAGACGAGCGCUUACGCACCCUCCUGCGUGAGGCCCAGAGACAGGCGAAGCAGACCAGACAGGAGCAGAGGCAGGAGGAAGCUGCUGAGAGAAGGUUGAGGAAGGCCUCUAAAGAAGUGCUGCAGAUGAGAGGCCAGAGCCACAAAGAGCCGCUCCCCGUGCAGACCUUCAGAGAGAAGAUGGCUUUCUUCACCAGACCAAGGUUCAACAUCCCCCCUCUGCCAGCCGACGACGUGUGACUCCCCUCCUGGACGCCAUACUAUCAGAUAUGAAGUAUUUGUAUUUUUUGUAUCCAAGCCCAUGAAGUAAUUAGAACAACCAUGCAGUUAUUACAGCACAAAGAAUAAAAUGAAAGUUAUAAAUAUGCAAGUUUCAACAGAAAGCUGCGGAAAGCUGUACAAAACAGUGUGUGUGUGUGUGUGUGCGCGUGUGACCGAGCGCGUGUGUACGUGUGUGUGUGUUUGUGUGUGUGGUUUUACUAAUGCACACAUGUACACCAAUAUUUUGUGUAAUUAUUGACAUCUUGGCUGAUUUUCCCCAAAUGUUGAAAAGGGGAAAACGGUUGUUUUAUAAGAGAACAAAUUAUCUUUUUACUCCUGUACAAUGUACUUCUGAAAUUUCAUUGUUUGUGCUUACGUAAGGCUGGAAGACGGGAACAAAGUCAGUUUAGACAAAUUCACUGUACUGUAACUUAUUUUAUAGUACUUUUCCUUGAAGGAAAUAAAAAUGCUUCCUGCUUGUUGAUGUAUUUUAUAAAGCUUAAAACAAAUAGCACUUACUGUAAGUGUUUGACGUACAGUAGAAUGGACCUUUCAGCUGAUUUUGUUUCUGUUACCUGAUUCUUUAAUGUUAUUUACUUAAAAUGUCACUUUCGAUCCACUUUUAUUACAGUUGUCAUUGUCAUUUGUGCUAUUGUUAUAUUAAAAUUAUUAAUAUUAAUUAUUACUUGUACUUUUCAAUAUAUAGAUGACUAUAUGAAACACUGUUUUCAGAUUUUUUUUAUGGCGUCUGUAGGAACAUCUGCAGUGUUACCUCUUUUGUAAAGAUAAAACCAUUAAACUGUAAAAGUGCA